AUGACGAGAUCAUCUUCAUCAAGUGACGACCAGCCCCUGGACCAUGCGGCAGAUGUGAAGCUCCUCCCAUUAAAAGCACAGGGCAGCUCCAAAUCGGAUCGAAGCCCACAGAACACGCCAUCAACAAGUAGCUCAAGCCACACCCCCGAAGGCGAUGGCGAACCCUACGACAUUGGACAGCGCAUUGAGCAAGUUCUCCGGAACGACCGGUCGGCUCUGUCGGAAUCCUUCAACCUCGACCUCGAAGAUGGUGACUCUCUGCGCGCACUGAGCGAGGCUGAUGAUGAAGAUUACGGAGCGCUGCUGCAGAAGGACCAGCAGGAUACGUAUGCGAUCGAAGAACAGCGCGGCUGGAGGUCGAAGAUCCCGGCGGCAUUGCGCGGCCGCCCGUUGUGGCAGGUCGGACUUCUGCUUGUUGCGGGGGUGUUGCUUAUGGUGUUUGCGGCCAACGGCAUUAGAUGGAGGUUUCUGAGCGACCAGCCUGGGGAGUUUGAUUCCGUGCCCUGGUACCCGACCCCAUUGGGUGGCACGAGCAAGGAGUGGGAAGAGAGUUAUGGGAAGGCACAUGAUAUGGUUGGCCGAAUGACUUUGUUGGAAAAGGUGAAUGUGACGACCGGGACGGGCUGGAUGAUGGGGCUUUGCGUUGGAAAUACUGGACCUGCUGAGUUAGUGGGAUUUCCGUCACUCUGUCUACAAGACGGACCCUUGGGUCUACGGUUCGCGGACAACAUCACUGCGUUCCCAGCGGGCAUUACGACGGGUGCGACGUGGAAUCGCCAGCUCAUGAGAGCGAGAGGCUCUGCCUUGGGCGAAGAAGCUCGACUGAAAGGCGUGAAUGUGCUCCUUGGCCCCUCGAUGGGAGCACUGGGGUUGAUGCCUGCCGGUGGUCGGAACUGGGAGUCCUUCGGAUCAGACCCCGUUUUGCAGGCUGUGGCUGCAGCAGAGACUAUUCAGGGUAUCCAGAGCCAUGGCGUGAUAGCGACGGCAAAGCACUUCGUAAUGAAUGAACAGGAACAUUUCCGGCAGCCUAACGAAUGGGGCAUUCCAACCGCUCUGUCAUCAGAUAUUGAUGACCGCGCAUUGCACGAGGUGUUUGUGUGGCCAUUUGCGGAGAGUGUCCGUGCUGGUGUGGCUAGUAUCAUGUGUGCAUACCAAAUGGUGAAUGGAAGUCAUUCGUGUGAGAACAGCAAGCUGCUUAACGGGAUCCUCAAGGACGAGUUGGGCUUCCAAGGUUUUGUUCAAUCUGACUGGCUUGCACAGCGUUCUGGUGUUCAAAGUGCUUUGAGUGGUCUUGAUAUGAGCAUGCCUGGUGAUGGCCUAAAUUGGGCCGAUGGUAAAGAGCUCUGGGGCAGCCAUCUAACUCGUGCUGUCUUGAACACUUCUGUACCAGCAGAACGGCUCAAUGAUAUGGUGACUCGUAUUGUGGCGGCAUGGUACCAUCUAGGGCAGGAUUCGUGGGCGAAACCUUCUCCAGAAGGCGAAGGAGGUCCCAAUUUCUCAUCGUGGACAAAUGACAGGAUCGGUGGCUUACACCCUGGGAGCCCGGAUGACCGAACGGAAGAAGUUGUGAACCAUUAUGUGAAUCCUCAGGGUGUUGGUCCAGGAUCUCAUGGAGAGAUUGCACGGCAAGUGGCUGCGGAGGGGACCGUCCUCUUGAAAAAUGUCAAUGAAACACUUCCACUUAUGCGGAGUGUUACCAAGGCUGCUGGCAAGUAUCGUGUUGGUCUCUACGGUGAGGACGCUGGUUCUGGAAAAGGUCCGAAUUCCUGUGCCGAUAGGGGCUGCAACCAGGGCACUUUGGCAUCGGGGUGGGGGAGUGGUGCUGUGCAGUUCCCCUACCUCGUCUCGCCGUCAGAAGCCCUCAAGACGGCGUGGUCUGCCGAGAACACUGAAGUCAACGCUUAUUUGACCAACCAGGUGACCGAUGAGGACCUGGCUGAGCAGGACUUGUGCAUUGUCUUCGCCAACGCCGACGGCGGAGAGGGCUACAUCCAUAGCGAGGGUAUCAAGGGGGACCGAAAUGACCUCUUCCUUCAGCACAAUGGAGCCCAACUUAUCGAGCAAACAGCUCAGAACUGUGGCGGUGGUAGUGGAAGGACAGUGGUCGUUAUCCAUUCUAUCGGGCCUGUCGUUCUAGAGUCAUGGAUUGACCUUCCAGGCGUCCACGCCGUCGUCUAUGCCAAUCUCCCGGGCCAGGAGAGUGGCAAUGCCCUGGUCGAUGUCUUAUUCGGCGACGUCGAUGCUAGCGGGCGUUUGCCGUACACGAUCGGCCGAAAGCUGGAAGACUAUGGCCCCGGCGCGCAGAUUCGGUACGAGCCCGACGACCCAUUCCCUCGGACAAACCUCAGCCAAGGGCUUUACAUUGACUACCGAUAUUUCGACAAGUUCAACAUCGAGCCACGGUUCGAAUUUGGAUUCGGUCUCUCCUAUACUAGCUUCAACAUGAGCUCACUUCGCAUCGAAGCGUUGCAGAACAAGACCCAUUCGCCGGCUCCUAGACCUACAGACUCAGUCAAGGCACCGCACUAUGAAGCAGCCGCCAUCGAUCCCUCAUCUGCGCUGUUCCCGCCGAACUUCAACAUCCUUGGCAAAUAUAUCUAUCCAUACUUGACCACAUUAUCCGGAACUGCGCCCGCUCCGUACCCAUACCCGGAUGGGUAUAACAAAAAGCAAGCUCCUUCCCCUGCUGGGGGUGGCCUGGGCGGCAACCCAGCUCUCUACGAACCACUGCUCCAAUUGUCCGUUGAUGUUACGAAUACAGGCUCGCGCUCGGGUAAAGAGGUUGUGCAGAUUUAUGUCUCAUUCCCCGAAGACGUAGUUGAGCAUCGCGGACUAGGCUGGGCCAAGGAAACAAUCCAGUUCCCUGACCGCGUCCUUCGCAAUUUCGAGAAAGUGUACCUUGAGCCCGGAGACACCGUCACAGUGAACAUGACCUUGACGCGCAAAGACCUGAGCUAUUGGAGUGUGCGUGCCCAGAACUGGCUUCUGCCGGAGGGCAAAUUCCGCAUCCACGCUGGCCGGAGCUCGCGGGAUCUCCCAUUGCUGGCUGAGUUUUAA